AUGAGCGACAGCUCUGACUCCGAUGAAUACGCCUACGGCGACAACAACCCUGCGGAAUCCAAGAGAUAUCCCGUCCAUGAUUGUUGUGAGUUCGAGGACUUGGAAGCGCUACGGCGCUUGAUUUGUCGCCCCAAACCGAAUUCCGACGAUGAAGAGGAGGAAGGAAAUCGAGACGGGGAUUCGUCUUCGUCCUCAGAUGAUAAUGAUUCUACCGCAGCAGCCCACGCAGCCGCCAUUGGGCACUCACCCCGGCCGAUCCGUCCUACACUCGAUGUUCCUCCUUCUGCAUCAACCAAGCUGCCAUCGAAUAAUGCUGCUGAAAGUCCACCACACGAAGAAUGCAGCAAGCAGAAUCCCACGUCGCCAUCUACGCCUGCAAAGGGGGAGGCUAAGGCAGCGUCAACUGGGGAAAAAGAGGAUGGUCCUUCUCCCAUGGACACGUCACCAGACAAAGGAUCAGAAAAGUCCCCAAAGGAUUCAACACCUACCAAUGAUACCCCAACCAAAUCCAAGCAAGGUGAUGGUAGUAAUGGCGGAGCCUCCAAGCCGGCAAAGGGAAGCAAGGAGAAGAAAAAGCCAAAGUUCUACUGUCCCCAUAACCUUAAUGAGCGGGAUGGAGACGAAAAUACUCCAAUCCACAUUGCCAUCCAUGCUCGAAAGCUGGAGCACGUCAAGUUACUGCUUGAAAUGGGUUCCAAUGUCCACAAGAAGAGUGAUGGGAGUGCCCCCAUUCACGCGGCCAUCAGCAUUGCAGCUCUGAAGCAGCAUGAACAGUUUGCGUACGACUGCAUUGUCCUCCUUAACAAACACGACGCGGACUUGUCGGCAAAAGAUGAUGCAAUGCACACGCCUCUCUACCUGGCUUGUAAAUUCAAUUUGCCUAGCAUUGUGACGUUCCUCCUCACGAUUGAUGCUGGCAUGGCCACACUGAACACCAAAGCGGAUAGAUCUGGAGGACGGCCUCUCCACGCGGCCGCCAAGUUUGACACUCAGGCGCAGGGGCAAGCCGUAGCAAGCAGUUCGGUUCAGGGGCGUCCGGUGUCGCAUCAUCACCCAGAUGGCACUGUCGCCAACUCUGUCCACCACAUUCCGGGAUUUAGCGGUGGCAAACAGAGUGCGCACGCCAGAGCGGCAGCUGCGCAAAGCUCCCCGGAAGCAAUGUUGACACAGUUGCUUCUUCAAACAGAGGGAAUAGAGGUCGACGCACUCAAUACUGUGGGUCAGACUCCUUUACAUAUUGCAUGUCUUCGUGGGAAUUGGGUUGUAGCGCGGCUUUUGAUGCAAGCCGGAGCGGAUCAAAAUAUUACCGACCGUCGUGGGUUUACUCCUGGUCAACUGGCACACAAGAGAGGAAUGCCGAUCCCGAUGGACUUGAGCAACGUCCUUGGAGGCCCUCCUUCGUCUGGAACUGUUGCCCCACCGAGAGACCUUAUUGUCGAUCCAGACAGCAACACGCUUCUUCUUUGUCAUGAACUUUGUGUUUUGCACAGAAGUUGCCCUCCGAUGAUCCGAGAUGCCAAAGAGGAACCUCCGCCCGAAAAUAUCAGGCGUUUGCAAGUUCUUCUUGACCAAGACACCGGUAUCCUGCGAGGAGGAGAGUUUGGAAGGCUCGUUUGGGAGGGAGAGGCGCGAAGGGCUGCAAUGGUGGAUAUUUUGAAGUGUCAUGAGUACAGCUAUGUUGAGAGCAUCAGCCAAUUGUGCUCAUCGAUACCUGAUCACCCGAAUGGAAUCACUCAUUUGGAUGCAGACACAGCCGUGUCUCGGUGGAGUUUUGAAGCUGCGUUAAGAGCCGCCGGUUCCGUGUGCGAGGCUGUGGACAAGGUCAUGUCUGGUGAUCAUCGAAAUGCCUUUUGUGCAGUGCGUCCUCCUGGUCAUCAUGCAGGACCUCGCGGUAUUGUCCGUUGUGCCAACGAUCCAGAUGGAGGUUCGCAUGGUUUCUGCCUGUUGAACAAUGUUGCCAUUGGCGCGGCUUAUGCCCGGUCGAUGUAUCGGAACGAAGGGAUUCGUAAGGUUGCGAUUGUUGAUUUCGAUGUUCAUCACGGAAACGGAACGGAAGAAAUCAUUAGAAGACUGGUGCCAACAACUGAAAAGGCAAUCGUGAGGACUCCGUUUACAGUUGGUGAACUGGCAACAACAAAAUUUCGGCCAUGGCUUGACGAAAGUGAUAUUCACGACGUCUUCUUUGCUUCCACUCAUGGGUAUGGUCCCCGUGGACUUGAAUUUGUGGACAUGCCUGGUCAAGGAGGGUGGUUCUAUCCAGCUUCUGGGAAAACACACAUAUCGGAUGCCAUAGUGAACCCGACAAUGAUCGAAACUCCCAGCCUCACGGAUUUUUUGUCAAGUCAGACCUGGGCUAGAAUGGGCGAAGACUCUCGCGGAAACUGCUGCAAGAUCCUCAAUUGCGGCCUCGGCCUCCCCAAUCGCGAUGCUAUCCCUGGCAUGCAGCGACUUGAACUACGCGAUUCCUAUCGUCAAAAGAUCCUCCCCCACUUGAGGGACUUCGAUCCAGAUAUCAUAUUUAUCAGUGCUGGCUUCGAUGCACACAAGAAAGAUACGAUGAAUUUUGGUUAUGUGGGAAUGGUAGAGGAUGACUACGAGUGGGUGACGGAGCAGUUGGUGAAAAUAGCAAAUACAUGUUGCAACGGUCGCAUUGUGAGUGUCCUUGAGGGAGGCUACAAGAUUCAUGGUGGUAUUGUGAGCCCCUUUGCUCGAUCAGUAGCAAGCCAUGUUCGCGCAAUGGUGGAUGGAGGCAGAUCGAGGGAGCUGUAUGAUUCGCAAGACGUUGAAUGGGAGAGUCAGUUUGAGCGUCAUUUAGUGGAUGAGCGGGAACGAAAACGACAACAAAAACUAGAAAAGCUACGUCAGAUGGCAGAGCAAAAUGCUCAGAGGCUGUACGCUGGCGUUCCAGCUGCGGCGGCAAGUGGCGAGAAUGACAUACCCGAAGACCCAGAUGCUCCAUCCCGAAAGCGCCGUCGCAAUCAAGUAGACUACCGUGGUUUGUACGAGCAGAUGAAGCGGGAAGGUUUCGCGGGCUGA